CCCCAAAACCCCAAAACCCCUUCUGUUUAAUUUAAAUUUGAAAAUAAUAAACUGAGCUUCAUCAUGAAUGAGAUGGAAAUUCCUCGAAAUUAUAACGAACAAGAUAGCUUUUAUCAGGACAAAUUGUUGAAAUCGAUUGAUUCCUAUAUUCCUAACAAAAGACCCGACAAUUAUGAGCAUAUUAGAGUGGAGAAGCAAGAAGUUGGAGAUUACAGUAUUUUCUCAGAAAAUAAGAAAGAAAUCCCCGACCAAAAAUAUUCCCCAAUAUAAAUUUUUACAAUGAGAAGUAUGACUAUAGCCGUGAGAGAAGGAGGAGCUCAAGCAACGGAACUAAGUUUUAUGAAUGCCAAGAUAUUAGAGAGAAUAAUUACUUUCCUAACGAUGACAACCUAUAUCAGGAUCUUAACCUCCUGAGCCUUCAUCCUCCAAAUCAUGGGAAGCAUCGGAAAAUGCAAAGCCAGGCUCAUAAAGAAAAUUAUAUGUUGUCUUCAGAUCUAAGCUGAGUCUUGGAAGAUAGCAACUCAAUGAAAAAUGUAGAAGAGAACUUUGCUGAAUUUAAUAUACAACCUUAUGACACAAAUAAAGGCAAGGAACUUCUCACAAUCACAGUAGAGAUUGGUAAUGGAGAGACAGAAGAUUUAGCAAAUAAUGAAAAUGAAGACCCCUUCAAAAUUUCUGAAGCUUUUUGAACAAAGCACAAUAUCCAAGAAGAACUUAAAGCAGCAUUUACCUCUCAGGUAUUUGCUAAUAUAUCUCAGGUCAGAAAAGACAUUACUAAAGAAGAGAGUAAAUAUCUACCACUACAGAAGAGUCCAAGUGUUUUGACAAGAGUUGAUAAUUACUACCAUUCUAACACUCAAAAAGCCAAUACUAGGGACAAGAUGUAUUUGGUAGAUGAUCUUGGUGAAGAGAACUAUUCUAUGAAAUUAAAGCAUCAUAGAAACCAACUGAGUAAUAGUGGGUUUAUCUCCAAACCUUGAAGUAACCCUCAAAGCAAUAUUCGGAAGAACCAGGAAAGUGAGGAUCUUCGUGCGAAGCCUAUGAUAAAUGAGAAAAGCAAGUUCAUUGCUAAUAGUAAGAAGACUACAAAUCAAAGUGUGCAUCAGAGAUUGCAUCAACAAGCCCUUUCAAAACAAAAAAUUCAAAAGAGAAGCAUGAAUAAUUGCUCUUUCUCAACAGAGAAAAGAUUUAACGUCAGUGAGCUUGGAAAAACUGAGGCUAAGAAGAAGAGGAAGAAGAAGAGAAAAGGGAAAUCACUAUGUGGCCUAUCCUCUAAGACAUUUGAUCAUAGUACCAAGUUAUAUCACCAAGGACUUCAAAGGAUGGAUGACAUUGAGCAAAGACAUUUAGAAGCAAUAGCUCAGAAAGAACAGGAAGAGCUUGAGCACUCCUUUCAUCCAAAAAUUAACCCUUAUUCUUAUUAUUUUGUCCAAGAUGAUGGGAGCAAACCUGAGGAUAAUUUGAUCAAGAAAGGAUUGAUUUCAAAAGAUAAAAAGGAUCAAAGAAGAGCGGAAGAAUUAUAUCAAAAACAAAUGGAAUUUUCUUACCAUCCUAAUAUUAACGAAAAUUCGAAGAAAAUUAUUGAGGAAAGGACAACAUUUCUUAUUGAUAACUGUGAUCAUGAGAUUGCUAAAAACUACAGCCUUAACCCAGACCAAUGUCAUCUUCUAUAUGAAGAUGCAAUGAAGAGAGUAGACAGGCAUAAUAAUGUAUACUCUCAGUGACUAGAUUCUGAGUGAACAUUCCGACCAGAUAUUCAAAGAACUAGGUCUAAUAACAUCACUUCUCGGUAUGAUAAAGGGAAUUCUUCAAAAAGGGAUCUCCAAAAACUACAAAAUGAGAGCUACAGAAGGAACUAUGACCCUGAAACUGGGCAGCCUUACUUCGUCCCCAAGGUAGGAAGGCCACCUCGUGAUAGAAGGAAGAACUCCAAGUCUAUAGGGUAUAUGUUCCAAAAAGUGAGGUAGCCCCAAUUAUACCCUUGAAAAUAUAAUUUUUAAAAUUUUCAUCA